AGUCGGAGGUUUCUCUCCUCCCUCCCAUCGCCAGUCCCAUCUCUCUCUCUCUCCUCCUCGGCUCCCUUCUUCUUCUUCUUCCUCUUCUUCUUCUCUUCAGACUUUAUCAUCUUCUUCUUAUUAUUAUUAUUAUUAUUAUUAUUCAAACUGGAGACUUAUGCUAGUUGGACAGAGAUCAGAGUUGGACUUCGGUGCCUUAACAACUGCUGUUCGCGCUGCCGCCACACAUCAGCAACAACAGCAACAGCUGUUGAACACCACCACCGCACGCGUCAACAACAUCGAGGCUAAGGCCUCAGCAGCGCCAGGCUGCACGAUAGACGAGACGAAGCAGCUCAAUGGGCGCAUCGAUCAUGUCGUCAAUCUCAUCGGCGACAUAGGUGUUUUCAAUGGGCCGGACACGAUCAGUUGCACGGUGGCCGCCAUCAAGACGGACAUCACCAAGCUGCAGACGAGACCGGACGCCGCUACGAAGACUUACAAGAUGCCGCACUUCCACAUCAACAAGUUCGACGACUACAACAAGUCGGAUGCCUUGACAUGGUGGCAACGUUUCCUCACGGAAGCAUCAUGCCGCACUGUCUUGGCGAACGACAUGAUGAAGGCUUUCUACUUGCACAUGAUUGGAGGAGCGCAAACAUGGAUGAACCAUCUGGCGGCUACCAACAAAUGCACCAUCGCCGAACUCCACACGCACAUCACGUGGAAAGAGUUCGAGAAGCUAUGGUUCACCCGGUUUAUGGUCCGCAACGUCGUGAAGGCGGCCAUGAACGAGGUGUACACCUGCUCUCAAGGGAAUAUGCCAACUCGAGACUGGACAACCAAGUGGCAGAAGAUAGUGACCACGCCAGGUUUCGAUUUGAGUUUUCCUAACCAACGAUCUGAGUUCUUCUCGCGAUCAUGCGCAGGACUGCGAACCGCACUCGGCAACGAGUAUGAUUACGCCUCACUCCAGGCUAUCCUGGAUCGUGCGAACUUGGUCAUUCAAACGGAUGACAAGGCCGCUAACGAACGGCAGUCCCAGCCGCACUAUGUGGCAAAGCCUAUGUCGUCGCCCGUACGUCGUACAGGGGGUCUCCGUACGGGUUGUACGGACGAACGUACAUACGCGCGUACGGCCGUAUGGAUGCUCCCCGUACGAGCAUGCUACGGGCCUGUGGGGGGGUGCUGGGGGGGGUUUAAGGGGUUGGGGUGUUGGGACAGAUGUGGAUCGGGGAGGGAGCCGGCGGGGAAUGAGGAGUUUGAGGACAACGAGGAGGAGAGGAGGGCGGUCGAGGGUGGAGAUGAUGAUGGUGAGAGUGAUGCAGAGGACAUGGAGGUGCGGCGAGAGGUGGAGCGCGCCAUGGGAAAGUUGAGGAAGGAGAAGGCCGUUGACGAGGACAGCACCCCUGACGAGGACGCCGCCGCCGACGAUGACGAUGAGGGAGCAGACCUUGGGGCCUCUCUGGAUGGGGGGUUGAUGGGCGAUGGCCGUCGUGGCCAAGAGGGGGCAGCUAGGGCGAUGAAGGAGGCUGCGGGAUCGAAGAAGAGAAAGAGGAAGGCGAAGAUGACUACCACUGAGGCGAGAUCAGCACCUUCUGAGCCCAAAAAGAGCAGAGUUCUUCCACAGACGUUUAUGCUGGAGACCUCGAUCCAGUGUGGCAACGAGAAUUCUUGGACUCCGUCCUGCAAUGGUGGCAUACCUCAGCAGCAGCGAGUUGUGGCGGACAUGGUGGCGGCCAUCCGCAGGGACAUUGAGGCGACGGGAGCGACCAUCCUCACAGAUGGUCGCAAGUCCAUCACGAGCGACCAGAUAGUCAACUUCCUUGCUGCUGGUCCCACGGGCGCGUACCUUUUCAGGACUGUGGAGCGGGAUGGUGCUGUUAAGGAGACAACAGAGGCCGUAGUGGAGCGAUGGAAGGACGUGUUCGACAAGUUUGGUGUCGACAAGGUGAACGCCAUUUGUACUGAUUCCGCGUUUGCGUAUGCUGAUGCGUCCAAGCUCCUCGCCCAGGAGGAAGAAAAGUACAGCCGCAUCACUUGGCUUCCGUGUGUGGUCCAUGUCUGCAACUUGUUGUUGUCAGACAUCGCGAAGGAUGGGCGAGAUGGGAGCCUCGGGAAGAGGGAGGACACCAUCAUCAGGGCUCGAGCUGUCGUGCGUUUCAUCGGAGAGCAUGGGGCGGCUCUGAGCCUUUAUCGACGGUUCUCUGCCGCCCACCCCUCUUCCGCCUCCGCGGCGGCUGGUGGUUCGAGCUCUGCGCCACCCUCGUCUCAGCGGCGAGGCAGGGAGCUUGUGUACCCUGUGCAGACGAGGUUUGUCACCCACUACUUGAUGCUGGAGAGGCUGUUGGAUCGUCGCAGAGCGUUGGAGGCGUUGAUGAUGAGCGACGAUUGGCUGCGGACUGCAUGGAGGAGGUCCAUUUUUCUGCAGGCCAGAUGGGUGCGUCAUCAGGUGCGGUACGCGCCAGUCUGGGAGCAUGUGGAGGACAUCGUGGCGCUCAUGACGCCUGUGAUGCUGUUGCUACGGCGUCUGGACAGGGGGGGUCACGUGAUGACUCGCAUGUGGUCGUGGGGUUUUGUCAUGGUCGACAGGGUGGCGAGAGCAAGCCUUAACAGGACGUCGAAGGACGAGCUCCACAUCGUUGUUCAGGCUUGUUUGGUGUGGGUCGCUCAUUUGUUGGAGCCCGCACAUUGCAUGGCCCACCUCCUCAAUCCGCGGCAGAGGAGCAUUACUUUUUUUGGAGCGGCGAGGCGUACCGACCAUGAGCGGAUACUGGCAGACGAGUCGUUGCGAUACCUUCGCCAGCAAACUGGUGGUGACGAGGAUUUGUAUCAGACGUUGCACACGCAACUGGCGGAGUUUCAUUCUCGGAAGGGCGAUUGGACGUAUGGAGGGGCCGAAGGAGAUAGGGAUGCGGCCGCCUGCAAAGGGGAGAAGGAGACGUCACAGGUGGGGCAGUGGUGGGUUCAGCACGGGGACGGGGUCCCUCUCUUUCAGAGCAUCGCCAUUCGCUUGUCGCACACAUGGACGUGCGCCUCUCCGGCGGAGAGGAAUUGGGCCGUCCAUGAGCGUGUUCAGGUGAAGAGGCGCAAUCAUCUUGGUUUCAUCAAGCUGACUCGUUUGGUGGAGAUAUCCACCAACUUGAGAUUGAGUCGUUGUCAGGGGAGGGGUUCUGGGUACGUUCUUCCAUGGGAGGACGUUGAGGGGGAGAGAGAGGAUGCUAUUCCUCCGCCUCAUGAUGAGGGUGUUCGGCCGGUUGACCAAGUCACCGAGGCACAACGCGACCGGCAGAACCAGCGCGGGCGGAAGGAUCGCCUUUCAAAGGCACCUCCCAACGUCGCGACGUAUUUCGGUCGUCGCGCCACGGUGCUCAUGGCGCAUGAGUUGGAGUCUGUGUACGAUCCCGAGCCUGAUCCCAUGGCUCAGGACGCGAUGGAGGCCAAGUCGUGGUCCGAUCCGGACGACCUGGCCGUGGAGUUAGAGCCAGGAGGUUCUGAUGACGAUGACGACGACACUCCUCUCUUCCAGAUUCCGCGUCCUCGCACACGUGCGUCCACGGCGUCCGAUGCACCGUGUCCCGCAGCACGCCCUAUUUCGAGUGCUUCCGACGUCUCACAACCAGGCCCGGCGGACCGUGUCGAGAGCAAUACGCCACACCCUUCGACCGAUCGUCGCGGACAGGGAGGGACUUGCGAGCUUGUCGACGAGGGAGACGACGGCGAUGGCGAUGAUAGGGAGGGAUAUGAGGGCAGCAGUGAGGAUGAGGAUGAUCCCUGUUAUUCCCCGACACGCGGACAUGGUGACGACGACGACGACGAGGGCGCCGACGGUGGACGGGCUGUGGGUGGUUUGCGGAAGUCCGAGAGACAGCGUGGCGACCGAUGCAGUGGUGCAGGCAGGGGAGGCAGCGGGCCGGAUGUUGGGGGUGCGGGACGCACAGGUGGUGCAGGGCGUGCUGGCACAGGAAAAGUAAGGUGAGAGUCUGCAUCGUCCACUCGCACUGUGCAUUGGGUUGAUGAGGAGAGGCCCGCUGAGGCAGCUGUGGUUGCUCCCUCCCCUAUGGAGGUUGCUCCCUCCCCUGCAGAGUUCGCUGCAUCGUUUAGGGAGGUUGCUCCCUCCCCUACAAGGUUCGCUGCGGCGUCUGCAGUUGUUCAGUGUCCUGAAAGUCAAACCAAAAAUAGAGUAAGGUUGCACGUCAUAUAUUUAGUCAGCGAUGCAAUGGGAAGU